GGACUUCGUUAGCGUCGACAGACUAACGUUCGUCGAUCGAUCGACCAGCGCUCGAUUUUUCCAUCAUAACACGCGUUUUCAUCUCUUAUUCUACUUUCUAUAUUAUUAAUAUACAAUGGAUAUUUUCUAAUCGAGCAUAUUUUAUACCAUAAUAUCCAGAAAGUAUCGUACUAUUCUAUGAUAUUUCUUGAAAUAAUUGAAAGAAAGGGAAAAUCAAAUAAUUGUCAGUGAAAUUAAAAUAUUAUCGCUUUAAUUGCUUGCAAAUUCAAUCUCUGGAGGAUCUUUAAAUUUAUUUCUUCGUAAACCAUCGUUAGAUUUCACACAAUGCCUUUCACUGGUGGAAUCACGGAGUACUGAAGGAAGAAGAUUUGUUCUCGUAAAGAGUUUUAGUUCAUCUUUACGCCUGAUAAUUGGAAUAAACGUGGAUUAAGAGGAAGUGUGAAUCUCGCUAAACCGUCGACGAUCUGAGCGACGAGAUGACGGCACUCAGCCCUGAACUAACUGUGAGACGACCGGUUUAUCAACAGGACGAGCUUAAUCAUUUGUUCAAAUAUGCGAAGCCAAACGAAACACUUCUGAAGAAGAUCUCGAUGAAAUGCAGAAAGGUCAAGCCGAUGAAAAUUCUGAAGAAUACCAUACCCCUUAUCGGAUGGUUGUCGGCUUACAAGUGGAAGGCCGAUUUACUAGGCGACAUCAUUGCUGGAAUCACCGUGGCAGUGAUGCAUAUUCCUCAAGGAAUGGCGUACGCAAUAUUGGGCAACGUUCCACCAAUAGUUGGUAUCUACAUGGCAUUCUUUCCUGUUCUUGUUUAUUUCUUCCUUGGCACGUCAAGGCAUAAUUCAAUGGGUACCUUCGCGCUGGUUUGUAUGAUGACCGGAAAAGUGGUCACGACCUACAGCUCUCAAGGACAACUGUCGAAGAACGCCACAACAGAAAACGAGCUAUUAUCCUCGACGAGUAAUCGAUAUUCCCCCGUGGAAGUAGCCACCGCAGUCACUUUCGCCGUGGCUCUGAUUCAGUUGGCAAUGUAUUUAUUGCGAUUGGGAGUGAUUGCAUCGCUUCUAGCAGAUAGUCUCGUAAGCGGGUUCACCACAUCCGCGGCGGUUCACGUGUUCACGUCGCAAGUGAAGGAUCUACUAGGACUGGGAAACCUACCUAAACGCACAGGACCCUUCAAGUUGAUCCUUAGUUACGUGGACUUCUUUAACAACUAUCAAUCUAUCAAUGGGAUUGCCCUUCUGCUAUCCUGUUCCAUCAUUUUGGUUCUCAUUGUCAACAAUGCGUUAAAGCCAAAGUUCGCGAAAAUAAGUCCAUUUCCAAUCCCUAUAGAAAUGCUAGUGGUUGUGCUUGGGACUGUCCUCUCAGUGUACCUAAACCUUACGGAAGUUUAUGGGAUCGCGAUAGUGGGUGACAUACCAGUCGGUUUGCCGUCUCCGACCUUGCCACCAUUGUCUUUGGUACCGAACAUUUUAUUAGAUAGCUUCGUCAUUACUAUGGUGUCCUAUACUAUAUCCAUGUCCAUGGCGUUAAUCUUCGCGCAGAAACUCGGCUACGAAGUGGAUUCGAACCAGGAGCUAAUGGCGCAGGGUGUCGGAAAUCUAGUUGGAUCCUUCUUCUCUUGCAUGCCAUUCACAGCUUCGCUCUCUAGAUCCCUGAUCCAGCAGACUGUCGGCGGACGAACUCAAUUAGCUAGUCUAAUAUCCUGUGGAAUUCUAAUUAGCGUUUUACUGUGGAUCGGCCCCUUCUUCGAGCCUCUGCCACGGUGUGUUCUAGCCAGCAUCAUCGUGGUGGCUUUAAAGGGGAUGCUAAUGAAAGUGACAGAAUUUAAGAGAUUCUGGAAAUUGGACAAAACUGAUGGGGUUAUCUGGGCGGUGACAUUCAUAUCAGUAAUUCUGAUGGAUGUGGAAUAUGGUCUUCUAAUUGGAAUCGUGCUCUGCAUCGGCAAAUUAAUCCUCUUUUCUAUCCAUCCUUACACCUGUUCACUCGCUCUAGUACCUGGUACUGAGCUUUAUCUGGAUACCAAGAGAUAUAAAAGCACGGUAGAGCUGCCGGGUAUAAGAAUAUUUCACUACUCAGGCAGCUUGAACUUCGCCUGUCGGCAACACUUCCGUGACGAGGUAUAUAAAAUUGCUGGCCAGACGCCGAGAAAGAAACCUAAUGGAGGCUUCAAACACGACGAGUUGAAGGAAGUUAAGAAGCUGAGAACCCUGAUACUGGACCUGAGCGCAGUGAGUCACAUAGACCUGGCGGGCGCAACGACCCUGGGAAACCUGAUCAACGAGUACUGUGAAAUCGAUAUACCGGUGUACAUCGCCGGGUGUUCCGGACCUGUGUACGAGAUGAUGAGAAAGUGCAACCUGUUGGAAUACAAAGGUGGCCUGUUCGCCGCGUUCCCCACCGUGGCAGAUGCCGUGCAUUUUGCAAGGUCUAACACCGAGCCAGCAUGGAGUUCGCCGAUAUACGACGACGCAACUGUCGCCAGGCUCUGAUUGCGAAUACUAAUCGCGGCUACAUGCGGCGAAGUUCAUUCAUGAUUCCCAGGGAAAAAUUUCUCAAUCAACGUGAUCGACUGACAAUUUAACUGCCAUGUUAUUUCUAGACGCAUGCAUUUGACUGUUUGAUGAGAAGUUGUGAGAUGUUGAGGGAUUGUAGAUAUAACUUUGAAGAAGAGAUGAUUAUGAUAGAGUUGAAUUGUGUACGUAGACAGUGUUUGUUAAUGAAGAAUAUGUCGAAACCAGAUAGAGCAAAUUGCUCAAGAAAGAAUAUUGUGAAGGUUGAAUGUGCUCAUCUUGCUUGAUUCAUUACAAAUCGUAUAAACAAUUCUGUACCACUAUAUUUUUGAAAGAUAUUAAAGGCACACUACCUCGUUGUGGUAAAUAAAACUUAGAAUUGGGUGUGAAAAUUGAACGAUAUUUAUAUGUACAGUAUUCUUGUAAUGACAAGUAAUGUUUUGUGUAUUAUAAAAUUAUGAAACAAAUAAUAUUUAUAGACAUACUUCCAGAA